GCAGAUAUAAAGCGGCUGAUCCGAGAGCAGAGACAGUUAGAGAAAGAGAGCAGAGCGCAGAGAAGAUCCAGAGGAGAAGAAAGAGAAGAAGAUCCUUCCUCUUCACAGAUCACUCCAUCAUCACUCAGCUCACAAAGUCAUCCAGCAAACAUGUCUGCGGCCAAGAGCGUGUCCAUCGGCAUCGACCUGGGCACCACCUACUCUUGUGUGGGCGUCUUCCAGCACGGAAAAGUGGAAAUCAUCGCCAACGACCAGGGCAACAGGACCACCCCCAGCUAUGUGGCCUUCACCGACACGGAGAGGCUGAUUGGAGACGCGGCCAAGAACCAGGUGGCUCUGAACCCCAGCAACACCGUGUUUGACGCCAAGAGGCUGAUUGGGCGGAGGUUCGACGAGCCGGUGGUGCAGGCCGACAUGAAGCACUGGCCCUUCAAGGUGGUUUCAGAAGGAGGGAAGCCCAAAAUCCAGGUGGACUACAAAGGAGAGAACAAGACCUUCUUCCCCGAGGAGAUUUCCUCCAUGGUCCUGGUGAAGAUGAAGGAGAUCGCCGAGGCCUACCUGGGCCACAAGGUGUCCAACGCCGUCAUCACAGUGCCGGCGUACUUCAACGACUCCCAACGACAGGCCACCAAAGACGCGGGCGUCAUCGCGGGACUCAACGUCCAGAGGAUCAUCAACGAGCCCACGGCGGCCGCCAUCGCCUACGGACUGGACAAGGGCAAGUCGGGAGAGAGAAACGUGCUGAUCUUUGACUUGGGAGGAGGCACCUUCGACGUGUCCAUCCUGACCAUCGAAGACGGCAUCUUUGAGGUGAAGGCCACGGCCGGAGACACUCACCUGGGCGGAGAGGACUUUGACAACCGCAUGGUCAACCACUUUGUGGAGGAGUUCAAGAGGAAACACAAGAAGGACAUCAGCCAGAACAAGAGGGCCUUGAGGAGGCUGCGCACCGCUUGCGAGAGGGCCAAGAGGACCCUGUCCUCCAGCUCCCAGGCCAGCAUCGAGAUCGACUCUCUGUUUGAGGGCAUCGACUUCUACACCUCCGUCACCAGAGCUCGCUUUGAGGAGCUGUGCUCCGACCUGUUCAGGGGAACGCUGGAACCGGUGGAGAAAGCCCUGAGGGACGCCAAGAUGGACAAGGGGCAGAUCCACGACGUGGUCCUGGUGGGAGGCUCCACCCGGAUCCCCAAAAUCCAGAAGCUCCUGCAGGACUUCUUCAACGGCCGAGAGCUGAACAAGAGCAUCAACCCGGACGAGGCGGUGGCUUACGGCGCCGCCGUGCAGGCCGCCAUCCUGUCGGGCGACACCUCGGGCAACGUCCAGGACCUGCUGCUGCUGGACGUGUUGCCUCUGUCCUUGGGCAUCGAGACGGCCGGAGGAGUCAUGACGGCCCUGAUCAAACGCAACACCACCAUCCCCACCAAGCAGACCCAGGUGUUCAGCACCUACGCCGACAACCAGCCCGGGGUCCUGAUCCAGGUCUACGAAGGCGAGAGAGCCAUGACCAAGGACAACAACCUGCUGGGCAAGUUUGAUCUGACGGGAAUCCCGCCGGCUCCCCGAGGGGUCCCGCAGAUCGAGGUCACCUUCGACAUCGACGCCAACGGCAUCUUGAACGUGUCGGCGGUGGACAAAAGCACCGGCAAGGAGAACAAGAUCACCAUCACCAACGACAAGGGCCGCCUCAGCAAAGAGGACAUCGAGAGGAUGGUGCAGGAGGCGGAGAAGUACAAAGCCGAGGACGAGCAGCAGAGGGACAAGAUCGCCGCCAAGAACUCCCUGGAGUCCUUGGCCUUCAACCUGAAGAGCAGCGCGCAGGACGACAGCUUGAAGGACAAAAUCAGCCAGGAAGACAGGAAGAGGGUGGUGGAGAAGUGCGACGAGACCAUCGCCUGGCUGGAGAACAACCAGCUGGCCGACAAAGACGAGUUCCAGCACAAGCAGAAAGAGCUGGAGAAGGUCUGCAACCCCAUCAUCAGCAAGCUGUAUCAGGGAGGGAUGCCCAGCGGCUCCUGCAGAGAGCAGGCGCGGGCCGACAGCCAGGGGCCCACUAUUGAGGAGGUGGACUGAAGGGGCCCUGGUUCUGGACCCGCUUGACUGGACAGACGUGAACAUGGAAAUAUUGUCAAGUGUCAAACUUUACUCAGACUUUGCUCUGCUGGACAUUGCAAGAAAACCUGAACUGAGAUGUUUGAGGGAAGUAAGAAAAAGCUGUGAUGUCAUUUCUGUCCGACACGUUUGGAACCUCAGCUGCUAAAAUCCUGUGUUUGAAUGGAAAAUACUAACUUUUUCAUUUAUUUAUUUGUUCCUGUCAUGAAAAUUAUUGUUGUUGAAUAUGUUUACAUGUUUGUAACUUGUUUUUAAUAAAAAGAAGAUAAAAUCAC